CUAUUACUUCAACUUCAACACUGAUAAGAUAGUCCAACUAUCAAUAGGUAAUAUAUUUAUAGACGAAUUUAUUUGGUCCGGCAACAACAGUUAACAUACAAUAAUUAAGAAAAUGCUUCUGUUUUAUAUAACAUUCGUUUUUGUUCUAGAAGUGGUAAUAUGCAAGGACUCUCCGCCACCAAGAGUUACUCUUCCACUAGGAGUGGUUGAGGGAUACAUUAAAAAGACCGUCAAUGGAAAGGAAUAUAUUGCAUUCGAAGGAAUUCCUUAUGCCAGUCCACCAGUUGGCGAUUUAAGAUUUAAGAAACCUGUACCAGUAAAACCGUGGACGGGAAUAUGGAAAGCAGACAUAAUGAUGAGGUGUAUUCAGUACGAUCAUAUGACCCCAGAGGGACAAGAUAUGGUGUCAGGGACUGAAGACUGUCUAUACGUUAACAUUUAUACUCCAAAAAAACAGUCAUCAAAGAAGUUUAAUGUGCUCAUCUUUAUCCACGGAGGUGCCUUCAUGUUUAAUCAUGGAGGAUUGUAUGGUUCAGAAAUUAUCAUGGAUAGAGACGUUGUUUAUGUUACAAUGAACUACCGUUUGGGGCCACUAGGUUUUUUGAGCACCGAAGAUAAUCUAGUUCCUGGAAAUAUGGGAAUGAGGGAUCAAAUUCUAGCCCUUAAAUGGCUUAAAGACAACAUAGGGUAUUUCGGAGGAAAUCCUGAUUCCAUAACUAUUAUGGGUAUGUCCGCUGGAGGAGCAAGUGUACAUACACACUAUAUAACACCACAUUCGAAAGGCUUAUUCGCAAGAGGAAUUUCCCAAAGUGGUUGUGUUUUGAACCCUUGGGUUUUGAUGGAAGAACCGCUUAACCAUGCCAAAAAAGUAGCUUCUCUUGUAGGAUGUCCAACAGAAAGUAAUGAAGAAAUGGUUAACUGUUUGAAAACAAAGCCAGCAAAACAGAUUGUAAAUACUGUAAAACAUUUUCAACCCUGGCUAUACAAUCCAUUCUCUCCAUUCGGUUUGGUAGUAGACAGUUGGGCCGAAGAUCCAGUUUUUCCAGAGCAUCCAUUCCUACUGUUACAAAAAGGUCAAGUUCAAGAUUUACCUUGGAUGAUUUCAUACACUUCUUCUGAAGGAUUAUAUCCAGCAUCUGAUUUUUACUUUGACGAAUAUACUGAGUACUUGGAGAAAAACUGGGAUAGCAUAAUGCCCUACAUUUUACAUUACCAUGAGUCGGUGCCAAAAUAUCAAAUGGAUAAAGUCAGUCAUAAAAUCAGACAGGAAUAUCUUGAAAAAACACCAGUCAGUAGACUGGACUUUGCUAAAUUUGUUAAGAUACUUAGUGAUAGGCUUUUUAUAAAAGAUAUAGAGACCGCCGCACGAUUGCAAUCCGAAGCUACAAAAUCGCCUGUAUAUUCCUACUACUUUAACUAUAGAGGAGCUCACAGUGUGUCCGAGUAUAAGACACACUCUAAUGUCGAUAUAGGUGUAUCUCAUGCAGACGAUACUUUGUACACUCUCAAAGUGGAAAUAGUAGACACCUUAUCCACGGAAGAUGAUAGGCAAAUGUCGAAACUACUACUAGAUAUGCUCACAUCAUUCAUGGACACUGGAAAACCAAAUAUUAGUGCAGACUGGAAACCACUUUCGAAGAAGCCAUCUGAUCCAUGGGUGCAACUACACAUUGCUGGUCCUCACAAGACUUUCUUAGAAGAAAAAGACCACAUCGGAAACAAACAGUUCUGGGAUAGCUUACCACUUGAAGAAAAUGAAAGAUUAUUUACCAAGAAGGAUGAAUUGUAAGAGAUCUAGUAUUUAUGCACAUAGAUUGCUUUAUAUUAGAAAAAAACAACUGUUCUGCAUUAUGUUUAGAAUUUUAUGUGUUUUUUUAUAUUAAAAUGUUUGAGUAAAUAAAAAUUUAUAAUUUUGAUGUGUA